GGAUCGCCUCGGAGGACCGCGCGCCGCUCGGCAUGGUCCGCUUCGGCAACUGCUGCCAGCGGUGCUGGUGCUGGGGGGGACUUUUACUUCUUUGGGCCGUGGCAGAAACUCGAGCAGAUCUCCACUAUGCUACUGUAUAUUGGUUGGCAGCUGAAAAGUCUUUCCACAUUAAGGAUGUAUUAGACAAGAAUGGUGAUGCUUAUGGCUAUUACAAUGACACUGUACAGUCUACUGGAUGGGGGAUUCUGGAAAUCAAAGCAGGCUAUGGUAACCAGUCCAUAAGCAAUGAAAUACUCAUGUAUGCGGCAGGUUUCUUGGAAGGCUAUCUCACUGCUUCGCAUACGUGUGACCAUAUUGCAAAUCUGUAUCCUCAGAUGAUUAAGAAUGUCAUCGUUGAACAAAAAAUUAAACAUUUUAUGCAAGAACAGGAUCAGUGGACCAGGCAACAGAUUAAAAAUAACAAGGAUGACCCCUUCUGGAGAAAUGCAGGAUAUAUUAUUGCUCAGUUGGACGGGCUGUACAUGGGAAAUGUGGAAUGGGCUAAACGACAGAAAAGAACACCUCUCACUGACUUUGAAAUUAGUUUCCUAAAUGCAGUUGGAGAUCUGCUUGACCUCAUUCCUUCCUUAUUCUCAGAGUCAACAAAUAUUGACUCUCUUUUUAUGCCAGAAGUCUCUAGGAGAUACCAAUGGGAUAUGGGUCAUUGCUCAGCUUUGAUCAAGGUCCUCCCUGGAUAUGAGAAUAUCUACUUUGCUCAUUCUAGCUGGUUUACAUAUGCUGCCACUUUGAGAAUAUAUAAACACUGGGACUUCAGAAUUACUGACCCACAGACAAGAACAGGACGUGCCUCUUUCAGCAGUUAUCCAGGUUUUUUGGUUUCCCUAGAUGACUUUUAUAUACUUGGCAGUGGAUUGAUCAUGUUGCAGACCACAAAUAGUGUAUUCAACCAUUCUCUUCUUAAACAAGUGGUACCUGAGAGCCUCUUUGCAUGGGAGAGAGUCCGUAUUGCCAAUAUAAUGGCAGAUUCAGGAAAGACUUGGGCCCAAACCUUUGAAAAACAAAAUUCUGGUACCUAUAAUAACCAGUAUAUGAUACUGGAUACAAAAAAGAUCAAAUUGCAAAGAAGCCUUGAGGAUGGAACUCUUUAUAUCAUUGAACAGAUUCCCAAACUUGUAGAAUAUUCUGAUCAAACAAAUAUUCUCCGUAAAGGAUACUGGCCUUCCUACAACAUCCCUUUCCAUAAAGUGAUCUACAAUAUGAGUGGAUAUGCAGAAUAUGUUCAAAAGUAUGGCUUGGACUUUUCUUAUGAAAUGGCCCCCAGAGCAAAAAUCUUUCGACGGGACCAAGGGAAAGUGACUGAUAUGGAGGCCAUGAAGUACAUCAUGAGAUACAAUAAUUAUAAGAAAGAUCCAUAUGCAAGACACAAUCCCUGCAAUACCAUUUGCUGUCGGGAAGACUUAAACCACAAGCAUCCAGUUCCAGCUGGAUGCUAUGACUCUAAGGUAGCAGAUAUCAGUAUGGCUGCAAAGUUUACAGCCUAUGCCAUCAGUGGCCCACCUGUGGAAGAAGGCCUGCCUGUCUUCAGCUGGAUUCAUUUCAACCAGACGAAGCACCAGGGUCUGCCAGAUUCAUAUAACUUUGAAUUCAUCACUAUGAAGCCAAUGCUGUGAAUAUAUGCAGGGAAAUAAAUCGUGUUUACAGGUUUUUUUGCCAUACCAAAUAAACUGGCCUUGAUUAUACCCUUGGUGUCUUAUGGGAAAAGGGGAAGCCUGAAAUAACUAUGCAAGGAUGUAUGGGCAUAACAGGAUACUAUGUAUCCUUGGAUUUUCUUCUUUUUUUAUCCAAGUGUUUAUUUUAGCUAAAUCUUCUGUGCAGAACCCUUAAUGUCUUCAUUGAAGUACGUAUGCAGUACAGCUACAUGUUGCAGAUCCAGUAGCUUCACAAGAUAAUGUUGAUUGGAAUGGGAGACUACUAUACGUUCCUUGUAAGGAGACAGCUAUAGUUCUUUUGUUUUAGGAGAGGUCAGAUGCAGGACUGCAGAACAGUGAGUCCAUCACGUGUAGCAAAUUUUUACCCAAUAAAUGGGCUGCAGUAAUAA